AAGCCUGCAGGUCUGCAAUAUUCAUCGUCAUUGGAAGAAAAUAAGCAAAAAUCACGAUUUAAUACUUAGUCUUUCUUUCUUCAUGUCUUCAGUUCGUUGGGCUUUUUGUACGAGUAAAUGGAACCCAACAAGAUCGGAAUGGUUAUUUGCACUAUCUUGUAUUCAAAGUGAAGAAAGAGAACGUGUCUUAUCAUUUGUGUUUAGGAGAGAUGCAAAAUCAGCUUUAGUUGGUCGUCUUUUAAUGCGGAAAGUUUUAUCGGAAAGUUUCGUUCUUUCCAAUUCAGAAAUAAAGUUAGGAAGGACAGGCAAUGGAAAACCUUACGUUAUAAAUGCAAAGGACAAUUUCUACUUCAACGUUUCACAUCAAGGAGAUUAUGUCGUACUUGCUGGAGAAAAACAUUGCAAUGUUGGAGUUGACAUCAUGAAGACGGAGCUUAAAGGAAAUCAAACAUUAGAUGAAUUUUUUCAUUCAAUGCGGCGUCAAUUUAGUUGUAAUGAAUGGCAAACUAUUCAAGAUCGUUCUUCUGAAGAAGAAAAAUUGGAAAUGUUUAUGAGAUACUGGUGUUUAAAAGAAAGUUAUGUUAAAGCCCUUGGUGUUGGACUUGGUUUACUGAAAAAACUUCGAACAAUUGACUUUCACAUUGACAAGGAGUUUCCACGUUUAGCCAUACAGACAGUGACAAAAAAUACUAAACUUUUCCUGAAUGAUUCGCUUUCUGAAGAAUGGUGUUUUGAAGAAAGCAAGCUUGAUGAAAAUCACCUAGUUGCCGUCGCUCUGCAGCGGAACGAUGUGUCGUUCAAAAAAAACGAGAAUAACAUCUUCCAAUUUCUAACCAUGAAUGAUUUGACGUCAAGCCUGUCACCACUAAUGACUGUCGAGGAAAGUCUUUGGAGCAAAUUUGCAGCAAAAAUAAACAGUUAAAAACAGCACGUGUUUUUUAUCGAGAUUAUAACAGCACGUGUUAUUAAGUCCUUAAUAACCGAGAAAGCGAGGUUAUUAAAAGAUUUAUUAUGUGGCAUUAUAUGACCUGAAACGAAGCUUGCUUUCUUUCUUGUCUUUGCUGUUUUGUACGGGUUAAAUUUCACUUUUGUACUUCUCUUCCGAAAAAAGAAAUCGUUUCAAGUUGUAUCGUCUGGAUAGUUAAACUGUUGGGACUACUGAAGUUUAGCGGACACCUUGGACGCUGACCCAAACCCUAACCCAGUAAUCCUGAACAAAAACGAGCCCGCGCUCCGCAUAUAAGCGCUUCGGGUGUCCGCUAAACUGCAGUCUAACCAAACUGUUUUCCCAGUGUUUUUCCUUCGACUCACAUUCGCAAAUGGUUUUUGUUUCGUUUUUUUCUUGCGUUAUGUUUUGACAGUCGACUGUAAAAUUACGCAUUUUAGACCGUGGUCAUUUAGGGGAAAAUAAUGGACCGGCAAAAAUAUUUCUGAGCCAAUCAAAGCUCGCCAUUUGCAGGAAGUGACGCUUGCCAUAAUAAUAAUCCUUAAACAUCCACGUGAAUGUAUUUAUUGAAACUUGUAUUUACUACAAAUUAUAUGAUCACGUAUUAACUAGUUAUAUACCUUUCACCUUAGAACAUUGAUUUAUAAUCGUGGAAAGCUUAGUCUAGCAUCAGGAUCAAUAAAUUAUGUUUUUUUUCA